AUGUGGACCUCAAUUCGGAAGGUCGGGGAGACACUGAGGUUGUACCUCAUGGUACAGCACAUGCUUAGUAUGGAGGAAGCCCUGGGUUCAAUCCACAAAGCCAGAAAAGCGAACGAACGCCUCCGAGGGCUCCGAACCUCAGCGGCACGCGUGACAAACAGCUGGUUCCGGUGCCGCCUCACACCCCAGCUCCUCUCCCUCCGCAGGGAGACUGGCGGGGGCCUGGAGACCCCGGAGGGAAACCCUGCGAGGCCGGCUCGGACUCUCCUGCGGUCCUCCUUCGCGUCCUCAGGGGCGAGCGGCCGGGCCCACCCGUUCUGCUCGGACAGCUCGGACGUUCUCCUGACUGCCGAAGGAAAGCGCUGCCGCCUUCGGGGCGGGUGGGAGGGCAGUGCACAGUUCGCAGUUGUCAGCACCUAUGCCUAUAAAGGGCUGGACAGGAUCGAGGGGCGCCUGCCCGUCCUGAGUCAGCCAGCAGCCCAGGUUGUCACCAAUGCCAAAGGUGCCAUGACUGGGGCGAGAGACGCUGUGACCAAGACCGUGGUGGGGGUGAAGGACUCUGUGGCCAGCACGAUCACAGGGGUGCUGGACAGCACCAAGGGCGCAGUGACUGACGGCGUGGAGAGGACCAAGUCUGUGGUCAGUGGCAGCCUCCACGCGGUUCUGGACAGUCGGGUGGUGCAGCUCAUGAGCAGUGGCGUGGAAACCGCUCUCACCAAGUCGGAGCUGCUGGUGGACCAGUACCUCCCCCUCACCGAGGAAGAGCUCGAAAAAGAAGCAAAAAAAGUAGAAGGAUUUGAUGAGGUUGAAAAGCCAAGUUAUUAUGUUAGGCUGGGAUCCCUGUCCGCCAAGCUCCGCGCCCGGGCCUACCAGCAGGCUCUUGGCAGGGUCACAGAUGCCAGGCAGAAAAGCCAGCAGACCAUUGCUCAGCUCCACUCUGCCGUUCACCUGAUGGAAUACGCCAGGGAGAAUGUGCAUAAUGCCAACCAGAGAAUCCAGGGUGCUCAGGAGAAGCUCUGUCUCUUGUGGGUCGAGUGGAAGAGAAGCACCGGCCACGACGACACCGAUGAAUCCCACUGUGCUGAGCACCUCGAGUCUCAAACUCUCAACAUCGCCCUCGGCCUGACUCGGCAGCUGCAGUCCACGUGCCACACCCUCCUGUCCAGCAUCCAGGGGCUGCCACGGGGUAUCCAGGGCCGGGCCCAGCAGGCGGGGCUGCUGGCGGGUGACAUCUGCUCAGCAUUGCGCGGCGCCGCCUCCUUCCCCGAAGUGUCUCACAGCCUCCUGGCUGCCAGCAAAGGGCAGCUGCAGAAGGUGAAGGAGUCUCUAGACGAAGUGAUGGAUUACCUGGUGAACAACACGCCCCUGGACUGGCUGGUCGGUCCCUUUUACCCCGAGCUCCCCGAGGCUCAGCGCCGGGGUACAGAGCCCCAGCAUCGAGCGCCCUAGCGCGGUGCAGCCGGCCAGCUGGCCAUGGGCUCCGAGGGAACGCACCUGACAGCUAGGACAGCUGGGGCGAUGGGACAGGAGCGAGCUGGGAGAAGGGGCUCAGGUGCAGUCCUGUGCAGUGAGCUGGAGUUCUCAAGUUCAUCGGGCUGCGAGAAGAGCACAUUAGCCAGCGGGCCUGCCAGGACUUGGGCGAGGGACCUCAUGACCACUCUGUUGCUGCUUUUCGUGUCUGUUUAAAUAAAAAUACCUUCCUGUGGGCUCUGCAGACGUGGUUUAUCCAACAAUGCGUACUUGUCCAACUUGAUUUUAGUUUUUAGUCUUUCUAAAGGAACACUGCCUUUGCAACCAAUAAAAUAGCGAG